AUGGAUACGAUCUCGCGCAAUCUAGUCCGCGAAUACAGGACCAACAUCACUGCUAUGGUAGCAGCAGUAACUGAGGAGGAGAAGAAUCACAGCAUCAUGAACCUGGCGGGCUACAUCCACAUUCUUACUUCUUUGGGCAGAUGGGACGCAGACCUAUCCAACGCAUGUCUAGAACUCGCACGACUUUACUUCGGAAAGGAAGACUACGCGCAGGCAAAGCAAACUGCCCACGCAGGGCUAAUCGUCGAGAAGAACUUCUUUAUUGCUACGCCUAGCAAACCGCAGCUAAACGAGAUAAUAGGACAGUGUCACCAGGAGGACGAAAGGCUGCUUGAGGAGUACAACAAGGCAGCCAUGGGUCCUUUUUCAAUCAAGCCUAUGGUCGAUCUGACGUCCCUUGGUAGACUUCCCACAUCACCCAUACGGACAAAAGUCGUCAACUACACGAUAAACAUGGCAACAAAUCAUCCUCAGGUACGGGUCACUAAUGCUAACGUUGUUGCGGGUAAUGGCCUUGUCGCACAGCAAAACUUCAAGAAAGGCGCUCUCAUUCUCGACGAAAACGCAUUUUUCCAAUGCGACACACGCAAGCAGCCCGAGGAGCAGAAUAGGGAAGUCAUCGCUUUCUAUGACGAAGAGGUCAACAAAACUACUGCGCGUUUGACGACCGCAUACACACAGCUAAGCUGGCAAGAUCGAGAAGCCUUCCACAAGCUCUACACUUCGAAGACCAGGGCUACAGACGUCGAGCACCUUGUAGAUCGUUGUCGGUACAACGCUUUCAACUUCCGUGAUUAUACCGGUGUAGGUAUCCAGCACACCCGCCUAGUUGUCUAUCGCACGAUAUCCUUCGCCAACCAUUCGUGCAUCCCCAAUGCAGUACUUUACAUCGACGAGAAUGGCGCAGAUCUUAAAGGUUAUGCCCGACUGGUUGCUACACGACAGAUCAACGCUGGUGAAGAGAUCCUGAUCAACUACAUCGCGGAAGAUUGGGAAAAGAGCAGGGAUGCUCGCCAAGCAGCACUGAUGCUAGGAUGGGGCUUCGACUGCAGUUGCAAAGCAUGUGCGCCUGCGCUCGAGCCUGACGCGUCAGAGCGAACUUUGUGCUACACCUACAGCAAUGUGGAAGGUCAAAUAUCCUGCGCAAAGCUUCGCAUUUACGUUGAUCUACUGCACGAACUGGGCGUACGCGACCAGUUGCUAUCAUCUGCAUACAAUAUGCUCGCGGACAACCACUUCAUGGAGGGAAAGUACAAAGAAGCAGCGUAUUAUGCUCGAAGUGGUCUUCUCGUUGAAACGCACUUCUAUGCAAAGACUAAUCUUGAAUCAUUACUCGCCGUGUAUGGUGAGUGUAUUAUGAAGGAUAGCAGCAUCCAUGCUGAGAUUGAAGAGAGCUAA